AUGGUCGUCCUUCACGCCUCGUCCCUUGCGGAAUUCAGCGGCCUGCUGUCGGCAAACACCUACGUGGUCGUUGAUUUCUACGCGGACUGGUGUGGCCCUUGUCACGCCAUCAAGCCCAUCUACGAGUCCCUCUCCAACAAUCACGGCCGGCCCGGCUCCCUUGCCUUUGUCAAGGUCAACGUCGACGCUACUCAGGACGUCGCACGCCGAUAUGGCGUCACGGCCAUGCCGACCUUCAUGUUCUUCGAAAAGGGCCAACCUUACAACGGCGGCCGCAGCGUCGCCCGAGGCGCCGAUCCAAGGACCCUGCAGGCCACCGUCCAGGAGCUGAGCGGGCUUGCCAGGAUGAAGGAGACCGAAGCGGCCGAGGCGGCUGCGAAGACGGCCGAGGCCAACAAGAAGACGGAAGCCGCGGACGUCAAGGAGGCCAAGCCUGAUGACGGUUCCACCGUCUCUGGCGGCUACACCCUCGGCGUCAACACUGGCUUAAGGUCGGACUGGAAAAUGUCCUUGCGGGGAUGA